GAUGACGCACCCAAUUGUUUACCAAUGUUUAAAUGCCACCGGUGACACGCGGUACACUGUAACGGGUAGGGCUAGUUAUAUUUGAGGGGGAAUUACAGCUUUAAGAUUGAUUGUAUCCCUUGUAACGUGUAUCCCACAGUCCACGUAUGCUGCGUAAGGCUACUCACCAGAUAAUAGAAAGGUGGUGGACGCACGCCAAGGUUAAUGUGAGGAAUACAUUGUGUGAAGGCCAAGGUGAAGGCCCCGCUGCCUCCACGAUCAGGCUGCUGAUCAGGAGGAUGCGGGCAAGCUUCAGACUGAAUCUAAAUUUCUUGGGGAAGUUCUUCUUGGCCAUCAUUAGUGUCUUUUUAUAUUGUGAAUUCUUCCAUUACUAUGUAGUUCUGUCUCAGUGUGGGUGGCCGGCCCUUGAUCCCAGUGCAGCUGACCAGAGUGUGAGUGAUGCUGGGACACAGCUCCACGCGAUGGUCCUGUCCGACACUCACCUCCUGGGACGCAGAAAUGGCCAUUGGUUUGAUAAGUUACGCAGGGAGUGGCAGAUGCACCGAGCUUUUCAGACCACCGUGACACUGCACCAGCCAGAUGUCUUCAUAUUUCUGGGUGAUCUAUUUGAUGAGGGCAAGUGGUGCCAGCCAGAGGAAUUUGUAGAGUAUGUGGCACGCUUCCAGAAACUCUUUGCAAUGCCAGAGGAUGCUGAUGUUUUGGUAGCAGUUGGCAACCAUGACAUUGGCUUCCACUACAGUGUCAACCCAUACCUGCUGGACCGAUUCCAGCGAACAUUUGACGUGGGACCGGUGAAGCUCGUCCAGAUUGCCGGCGUCACUUUCAUCAUCCUGAACAGCAUGGCAAUGGAGGGAGACGAGUGCUUUCUCUGCAAGCCCGCAAAGAACAAAGUGAAGGUUAUAUCAAGACAGCUGAAGUGUGCCAAGGGGGACAAAGAGGCAUGCAAGUACUGGCAGAAUCCUGUGUUGCAGCAGUUUAGCCGGCCAGUGUUGCUGCAGCACUACCCUCUGUACCGAGACUCUGACGCUGUGUGUGACGAGCCUGAUGAGGCGCCGGGAGACAUCAAGACCACCAGGUUCAGGGAGCGGUGGGAGUGUCUCUCUAGGGAUGCAACGGAAAUGUUAGUGGAGGAGCUGUCCCCACGACUGGUGCUGAGUGGACACACCCACCACGGCUGCCAUGUGGAGCAUCCAGUGCCUCACAGUCCACCAGUGCAUGAAUAUACCAUCCCGUCCUUCUCUUGGAGAAACAAGAGGAACCCCACAUUUUCCAUGCAUUUCUGCUAUUGUGCUUCAUCCAGUAUAGCGCCAUCAGCAAGAUCUUUGGGGAAGAGAGCAGCUUCAUAUUUUUAAUUCAGUAAGAUGGAAAAGUACAGCUAAGAAGGUGGUUUUAAAUGUGAGCCAGGUACAGUUGUCUUGUACUGACAAGAUGGUCAUCCAUGGCAGGCUGACAGGGUGCCAUGAAAGACUGCAGCUGAAUUUUUCUGAGUAGUUCAAGGUGUUACCAGCAUGCUAGGUGUAUGUAUGAUUUGCACAACAGCACACUGGUUGGUGACACAGCCAGCCAUGGUGCAGCACACUGGUCGUUGACACAGCCAGACAUGGUGCAGCACACUAAUUGGUGAUACAGCCAGCCAUGGUGCAGCACACUGAUCGUUGACACAGCCAAGCAUGGUGCAGCACACUGGUCAGUGACACAGCCAGCCCUGGUAAAGCACACCAAUUGGUGACAUAGCUAGUCACGGUGCAGCACACUAAUUGGUGACAUGGGGUAGCGCUGGCUUGACCCAUUUGUUUGUUGGGACUUGGUUAUGGCUUGUGAAAUGCAUGAUGCAUCACUGCUGCAUCUGUGUUACUCAGUCUUACCUAGCUUAUCUGAUAAAGAUUUUCAGCCCCAGCUUAGGAGCAGCAUGGCAGCAUGGAAACACUUGAGAAGUUGCUCUGAAAAUAUGGUAAAUUGGCCAUGAGAGGCAUUGCUAGGGACUGGAUACCUGAGUUGUGACAGGGCACUUAAAUUAAGACAAGAUGAUCACCAAAGCCUGAAUGAGUUUUGAUUGGACUUGUCUGUCCUGUCACUGCACUGUUAUAAGUUUUCAUGUGUAACCCCACAAUGCUAUGCUUGAAAAUGAAUAAAAAAAAAAACUAGAGAAAAGAAACAAGAAUGGCUUUACAGCCAUGCAUUGAGCCAGUGUAUCAGAGCCAGUGCCAUCACAGAUAUUUUUUGCCAUCAGUGGAAUAAGCAAUCAGCAGUACAAAGGACAUCUGAGCUCAUCUUUCUGUUUCAUCAGUCAUUGGUAACACAAGCUAUUGAACCAUUAAUGUGGGGUUGUGUGGAGAGAAAUGUAGUAUUAGGGAAGUAUAGUAUCAGCUGACAACCAUCAGCCAUCUGACCAUACUCCUUCCUCUCACUGUUCACUUUGCUCACUGGCUAUUGGACAAAAUUUGCACAACAGUGCAAAAUAGAGCAGUUGUUCUUUACUACCAGCCAACCAAAUAUAAGGUGACAAAUUAGUGCCAACAGUUGAUGCUACCAUGCAUGGUUCCACAAGUGUAGUGGCAGGUGCAGACAACAGUAGCACCAAAUCAAGCAAGUUGAGUCAGUGAUGAAGCAGGGUUACAGACUGACACAUUACUGUACUUAGCAAGGCCUCAAUAUGAGAUCUAAGCACAGUUUGUUCUUGUAGAGGGACUU